AGUAUUCUCAAAGCCUGGAAUCUGCUCGGAGAGGCAGACUUUGAGAGCGAAAAAAUGGCUCCUGCUAUAUUUUCAUUCACAGUGCAGAUUGUUUGUUUAACUCUUUUCUCUCUUAGCUUGCUUUGUACCGCCUUCACUUCUCAUGAUUACUCUGAUGCUCUCGAAAAGUCUAUUCUCUUCUUUGAGGGACAGCGGUCUGGCAGGUUACCGCCUAACCAGCGCCUCAAAUGGAGGGGAAACUCCGGUCUGUCCGAUGGUUCUUCCUAUCAUGUGGACCUCGUGGGUGGCUAUUAUGACGCUGGGGAUAAUGUCAAGUUUGGCCUUCCAAUGGCCUUCACAACAACAAUGUUGGCAUGGAGUGUCAUUGAAUUUGGCAGCUCAAUGCAGAACCAGAUUGAGAAUGCAAAGGCUGCCAUCCGCUGGGGUACAGAUUAUCUUCUAAAAGCAGCUACUGCCACCCCUGGCACCUUAUAUGUUCAAGUGGGAGAUCCAAACAUGGAUCACAAGUGCUGGGAGAGGCCAGAAGAUAUGGAUACCCCACGCAAUGUAUACAAGGUGUCCACUCAAAACCCAGGAUCUGAUGUAGCAGCCGAGACAGCUGCUGCAUUGGCUGCAGCUUCAAUUGUGUUCAAAGAAUCCGACCCUUCCUAUUCUGCCAAACUGCUUCAAACAGCCAAGGAGGUUUUUGACUUUGCAGACAGGCACCGAGGCUCUUACAGUGACUCUCUAAACUCAGUGGUCUGCCCAUUUUACUGCUCUUACUCUGGAUACCAGGAUGAGCUUCUCUGGGGUGCAUCCUGGAUCCAUCGAGCCUCACAGGACAACUCAUACUUAUCAUACAUCCAAUCCAAUGGCCACACGAUGGGGUCAGAUAACGAUGACUACUCCUUCAGUUGGGAUGAUAAGAGAGCUGGAACAAAGGUCCUUCUUUCCAAGGACUUCUUGGAGAAAAGCACAGAACAAUUUCAAUUAUACAAAUCACAUGCAGACAACUACAUAUGCUCCUUAAUUCCUGGAACAUCUGGGUUCCAGGCCCAAUAUACACCAGGAGGACUUCUCUACAAAGCAAGCGAGAGCAAUCUACAAUAUGUCACUACCACAUCUUUCCUCCUCUUGACGUAUGCCAAGUACCUUAGCGCAAAUGGUGGAGUUGCCACAUGCGGGACUUCAACUGUAACAGCAGAGAGCCUCAUAGCACAUGCGAAGAAGCAGGUGGACUACAUUUUGGGUGAUAAUCCAGCCAAAUUGUCUUUCAUGGUUGGAUUCGGAGGGAGGUAUCCGCAACACGUCCACCACAGGGGUUCAUCUGUACCAUCCAUUCAUGCACAUCCUGAUCGCAUCACCUGCAACGAUGGUUUUCACUACCUCUAUUCUAGCUCACCCAACCCGAAUGUCCUCGUUGGAGCCAUAGUAGGUGGUCCUGAUAGUAAAGACAACUUCGCAGAUGAUCGUAACAAUUAUCAGCAAUCGGAGCCAGCCACGUAUAUCAAUGCACCAUUUGUCGGAGCUCUUGCUUUUUUCUCAGGGAAAGCCACUGCAAACUAAAAGCUAGCAUCCUUCUAAUGUAGCAGUGAAUAUGAGAAGAAGAGAAGCUGAUGUAGUAAAAAGAAACGCUUCCAUUUCCAUAUUCUAUCUGGGAGAGAAUAUUAAUUUGUAACAAAUUUUGAAACCAUGCUUUCCAGCAUGGUAUCGUUAUCAGUAAUGUCAAGGAAACAUCAUUACCUAGA